AUGACAUUUCUGACAUGGAACUUACGCUCCAAGGGGGGGGCAGUGUUUGAUGGUCAAGCGCCUAACUUAAUGGACCAUAGGGGCACUUUCAAUGUAAGUAACGUGAUUGGAACUAAUAUGUCCUGGUCUGCUUUUGACCCUGCUAAAGGACACAUCGAGCAGUCCAUCUUAAGUUAUGAUUUAGGAGAUGGUUACAAUUUGGUUCAUGCAAAAAAUGUCAUUCUCACUGAUAACGAUACUACCGAUGCAUGGUUGGCAGCUGAUCAAAACAGUACUAUAAGCAAUACUGGUAUCAAGAAACGAGAUGAUGGGGAUACUUGGUAUACCACCUAUUGUAAGUAUGCCUGGGAUACAAUCAGGGUGGAAGUCACUACUUUUUUUUACAAUAUCAAAGAUAACCCAGCCAGUUUUAUUGCAGAUCUGACCACUGCAGCUACAAAUAUUGCAACUAUGAUCAAAAAUGGUUCUAAAAAAAACUCUUGUGGAAGUUCCGAUGUGUAUUUUCUAACCGAAGAUGGUGGAGGGAAGUGGGAAGUCGCUUGGUCUAGUUGGACAACAGGAGAGAACUGCGAUACCACUGCCCAAUGGAAUGAAAUUGCAUUUGCACUACGUAAUUGCAUUAAUGACUCUGAAUAUGAGCAUAAAAUGGCCCUGUGCGUCAGAAUGAACCAUGGAGGUACAUGGCAUGCUGAUGUGAGGGUCCAACGGAAUUGGGAAAAAGCGUACUCAAAUAUUUGGGAUAUGCCAUGCGGUAAAGCACAACAGUCAAUAGUAGUAGAUGAUGGUACAUGCCAAACUGAUUAUGCUAAAGAUUUGUGA